CGUAACCACACUCUCACUCACAGGGAAACUACAGUGGUCAAGUGAUAGAGAUGAAAUUCCGCAACCUAUCCACCUUCUACGUCACGUCAACGUACAUCCCGACCUUCAUCAUCGUCGUCAUCGGGUACAUCGUCUUCUUCUUUCCCGUCGAGGAUUUCAACGAGCGUAUUAUGGUGGCUCUGACGGCGCUCCUGGUCGAGGCUGCCUUCUUCACGCAGAUGAGCGCCUCGAUCCCCCAGACAGCUUAUCUCAAAUUGGUGGACAUCUGGUUUGUGUACUGCAUCACAAGCCUCUUUUUGGUUGUUGUUACAGUUGCUUUCAUCAACUGGUGCAAGAAAUGUGCCCCUGCUUUCGGGCUGUGGCUGAGGAAACACGAAGUCAAAUCACCAGGCAGGCUUGCGUCCCGCCGUGCCGCUCUCGCUUCCAGGUUGAAUAUCCUUUGCCGCAUCGUGUGUCCUAUUCUGACUGCUCUCUUCUUCAUCUUCUAUUUGACUAUGGCCGCACUCAUCGAAAUACCCGAGUUACCCAUCGAAAUUCCGAAUUACCAGAGUUUCUUCUCUGAGUGAUUCUCUUACAGGAUUACUUAGCUUCUACUUCAUUCCUGGAAAAGUCACCCAGAAAGGCUAUCUUUGAGUCCGUCCUAGGCAGUUUGCCAAUGCCUUUUCUUCCGCUCUUAACCUAAUU